UAGUGUGCAGACAAGCAGCUUGAGUAAAAAAAAAACUUUUUACGUGUAUUUUAAUAUUAAUAGAUUCCAAAUAGUUCAUUUUACAACACAACCAAACAACAAAACUAAAACGAGUUUUUAGCGGUGUGAAUACUAGAAUCUCUUCAUUUAUCUACACUCACACACGAAAACCAAAAAAAUGGAUGAUACAAACACAGCCAACACUCGCUCGAUGGAAGUCGAAAAUGCUGCUGCCUCGCCAGUAACUUCUGACACGACCAAGGAGUCGUAUCGUAGCAUCGAUCCGGAAGACGACGGAAAAGAAAAAAGUGAUCCAGAGAAACGCACAAGUAUGGUUCGUGACAGCAUUGAAAACGUGAACGAUGGCGCCGACGAGAAAAUGUUGGGCGAUGGCGAUCACGAAAAGCUCGCACAAAAAGAGGUCGAAGUAAAAUUCAUUCCAGCGGGAGGUGAUGUCAAUGGGGAUGCCCAAAUCGACAUCGGGGACAUCAAGCAAGUCGGUCAGCAAUGCGGCAUGACGAAGGAGGAACUCAUGAAAUACGUUAACGAUCCGUUUUGGGUGCGUUUGCGUUGGUUCCUCUUCAUCGUUUUUUGGCUCAUCUGGAUCGGGAUGUUCGCCGCUGCCAUUUACAUCAUUGUUGUUGCGCCAAAAUGCGUCGCGCCUGAAGAGCAUUCGUGGUGGAAACAAGGUCCUCUGAUCGUAUCUGAAGAUGAAACUGCACUAACGGCACCUGCGGAAGCUGCAUUGGCGGAAUUGAAGGAAUAUGGAGCAAAAGCAGUCAUUUACAAGUUACCCGCGGAAGAGACUUACAACUUGGGAGACGACGAAAAGGCGAGAAUUAAGCAACUUGCAGAUACUUUGAACGCGAAUGACAUGAAAUUAGUGCUGGAUGUAACGGCGAAUUACGUUUCGAACAGUGACGAGUUGUACCGAAAUGCUAUGAAUCGCUCGACAGGCGACAAUGCGUAUCGCAAGGCCUUCGUUAUGUCAAAUAAGGCUCUUAAUUGGCGCUCAUUGGACAAUGAAGAAGCUUUCAAGGCACUCGAGGAUGGCACUUUUAUCUUAUCGCAGUUCGGACGGAACCAAUAUGACCUGCGAAUGGAUAACGAACUUGUCAAAGAAAAACUGAAAAAGGUCCUGGCUGAUCUUGUGGAGCUCGGAGUCAAGGGAUUCCGUUUGGCAAACACGAAACACUUUAUCAUCGAACCAAAUGACAAACUCAACAACGAAAGUCCCGCCGAUAAACCGGCUGAUGGCACGACAACGCACUUUGCCGACGAAUAUGCCUUCUAUGCGCACAGCCAGAGCACCUUCGGCGACAAUUUGGGCGAACUUUUGAACGAAUAUCGGGCCUUUGUGCGUAACGUCACCGAUAACGAGGGCUUUUUAUCGGCUACGGAUGACAUUGUUCGUCCCGAUGUCUAUCAAAAUGGCUACGAAAUGGGCGUGGAUUUGCCUCGUUUUGGUUUCCUCGAGGUUUUAUUGCGUGGCGGCGUGCAGAAGAGCGGAAGUAUCGACGUCGAAAAGGUCAUUAGCGAUCUGGAAAAUACUCAUAAGAAGGUCGGUGCCUUAUCUUGGGUCCAACAUGCCUACAAGGAAGACGCAUUUUCGCUGCUCGAACCCUCCGAGUUCAAUAUUUUUGUCUUUUUGUUGCCCGGAGUACCCGUAACGACAUUAGCUGCGCUCAAGGAAAGUCGUCGAAAUGACUCUGCAUUGGAGCAGAUCAAGGAGUUGGAAGCUAUUCGACAAUCGCCGUCGUUGCAACAUGGAGACUUCCAUGCGUAUUCCGAUUUAAAUGAGACAACGAUUGCUUAUACAAGGCACAAGUCUGGCAAUCCUGGCUACUUUGUCGUCCUAAAUCCAACUGAUACGACAGUCGUCGGCAACUACACUCACAUCGAAGGUCUCUCUUCGGAGCUGAAAUGGCAAUUGCUCAGCACCAACUUCAAAAAUGAGCAUCAAUUGAAGCAAAAGGAAAAGGUUUCAAUCGGUGCCUUAACCGUUCCAGCAAAAUCUGCCGGUGUAUUCACCUACGUCGCAACUAAGUAAAUUCAAUAAAAAAAAAUCAUGACCGAACUACGAAUAAAUUAUACAAAACAACAGUCAAUGCAACUUAACAACAAGACUACAAACAUUUAAGCAGCCAUCAGGUGUGUUCCCAUUGAUUGAUUGACCAAAGGUGCUUAGAUGAUGAUGAUGGAAAACAAAGACAAUAAUUUUGUUCCCGUAAAAAAAAUCCGUUUUUAAUCGUAGUUGAUGUAUUUUAAACAAAAACUUUGAAUUGGCCUUGAACUAUACCGAAAAAAAGGACUAAAUCAAACGUUAGAAUUUGUCAAAAGACGUACUUUUAAGCUAAAUUUUAGAAAAAGAAGAUGCAUAAUGUCUCGUCUACGUAGACUUAUUUAAAUAAUUAGAAAAAAAUGCAUAUCAACAAAUGUUGGAUUCGCUUGUGUGACUGUAAAUUUUUUUUCUUGUUUUGUUCGUUCGUGAGUUCGUUUUAAAUAUAAAUGUAAGAAAUAUAUACACAAAAAAAUGUUCAAUUUGCUUGGAAAUUAAUAAAAAAAAAUUAAUUGGCGUUCAAUUAAAAAAUGACAGUAGGUGUAAAAAA